AGUUGGCAGUUGGCAACACUGUCACUGUUUGUUGAUUGAUUUGAUUGACGGAAAUAACUUUACUUUUUGAUUUAAUAUAAUUAAACCAAAACACAAGAAACUAUGCCGAAAUCUGUCGACCGUAGCGUGAGGGAAAUAAUAUUAAAGAUAAGAGCAUUCUGUGAAAAAGAAAAGAAGAAGAAUUGUCCUAUAAUCCCUCUAAACCAUGUCCGUGCGAGGGUGGCCGCCAUGACCGGAAUCUCCCAGAAGACUGUUAGCAGGAUUUCUAAAGAAGCUCUCACUGGUAAAAUUGGUGUAGAUAGCAAAGAUCAAGAGAAUGACGCCAGCGAAGAGGGUAAAGAGGAAAUAGGUCCAGACGGAAAAGUUAUUAAAAAAAAGAAAGUUAGCAAAAAGGUAGCCGCUCAAAAACUUGUCCCGGUGAAGAGACACCGAAACAAGAAAGUGCAGUUAGACGAUGGCUUCAUGACCUGCACAAUUAGAAAUAAAAUCCACGAAUACUACACAAUACGCAAUGAGGUUCCAACACUAUCCAAACUAUUGACUGAACUGAAGAACGAAAUCAAUUUCAAUGGCGGUCGAACAACAUUGUGGAAGAUAAUAAUAAAACUAGGCUUCAAGUUCAAGAAGUGUGGCAGGAAACAUUUCUUGAUGAUGGGUGAUGAUGAUGAGGCUGCCAUGUCAAAUGUUAAACGAGACGAGAAGAAGAAGAAGGAGGCGGUGUGGGUGCAGCCGGUGAUGCCUCCAAACCCACCAUUCUCAUUCCCAAACUGUGGCCCACCCGUUCCCUUUGUAGCUAACGUAUCACACAGUCUGGUACGGGAUCCCUCACAUCAAGUGAAACAAAAUAUGAAUUUUGUAUGAGAAUAAUGUUAUACAAAAAGGUGUAGAUAGAGCCUUGAUCAGAAACUAAGAUGCUUACUUGAACAGUCAAGCUCUGGAAGAGGAUAUUUUACAGACAGAUUGGCCGAAUUGUCAUUGAGCAGGACUAAAGUUUAAGCUGUAGAAGAAAGGCUGUUAUUAUUCUGAU